CACCGGCAAGACGACUCGUCAAAAAUAAAUGUUUACAUUGGAAACGUAGUAAAGGGAACGUAGAUUCCUUUAUUAUAUUGUAUAUAAACCCAAGUCAAAUAUGAAUGGUGUGGUGACGAAGAACCUAUUAAAGUCUAAAAGUGGGGAAUUUGACCUGGAGAGCAUUCACACAGUCUGUCUUAAAGAACACGACCUGAGUGACCUGGGAUGUAUCGGAGAGUGUUCAAGUCUGGAGAGACUUGAUCUGUCCUACAACUCCUUCACUAAGCUACUCAGACUGGCUGGGCUCGAAAAGCUACAGUACCUGAACUUGGCUGCCAACAGAAUCACCUCCCUUGAGGGACUCCAGGCAUUGGACAAUUUGGAAACUUUAAACAUAUCGGGAAAUUUAAUUGGAGGAGUGGAGGUCUUGCGGUGUCUAACAGGGCUAAGUAAGCUGAGAAGCUUGAGGUUGCGGGACAAUACUCUGGGUCUGUCUAACCCUGUUUGUAUGAACAACACCUAUGUGGCCGAUGUGUGUGCCAUGUUUCCCGACCUCCUUACCUUGGACGGUGAGAGGGUGUCUGGAAGAGGCAGUGAGGUCUUCAAAAUGUUCAAACACAUCGAGGAUGGUCUGGCAGCUCGGUCAGAUGAUGUUGGAAGCAGGAACUACUCAGUGGAAUCGUGGGUACCAGACAAUUUCUGGGAACCAUCCAGGAAGUUUGAGGAAUCCAUUAUGGGAGAUGCGCAGCAGCAACUUGAAGAUUUACUGUCUUCAUGUACGAGACUGUCAAACACAGCGGACAAGAAGCUGAAUCAACUGAAAUCACCUUCCUGACAAAACCAGCUGUCUACACCAGUCACCAAGAAACAUUCUUCAAUGAGACCAGUAAUGGCAUUAUAGUGAUGGUGCUGAAGGUCUUGGAAUGACAAUGUAAAGCAUCAGGAAAGAAAAUGUACUCAUUCUUCAACUUGAUCUAUUUUUUAUGGAGAAAUCAAUUGGAGGUACUGUCAAAGCCUUGGGUGUUUUGUCAUCAUUACGCAAAGUUUUCUACUACUGCAUGUCAUGACUUUAGCAAUCAAGAAAAAUAUUUCAAAACUAAGGCCGAUUGUUUAGAACCUUUCUUAUUAACAUCAUUGCACUGGAACUGAAAUGGACACAUUUUUGAUUGCAGUACGGGUAUUUCUUACAUGGCUCGGAGCACCUGUUUCAACCGUUAUGUUUUAUCCUAAUAUUUCAGCUGUUACAAAACAGUUCACCUUUUAAAGUAACAACAACGCUGUUAUCAACAUUGUUAACUUUAACAAAGUUCUAAACAAUUGGCCAUUGAUAAGAAAGAAUUAUCAGCUGUUAGAAUCCCUGUAUCAUAUUGCUACAGAUACUUUUAGUAACAAUCAUCUUUGGCAGCCGCUGUACUUUCUUUAUUCCAAUUCAUACAAACCAUGGGAAAAUUGACUGACAAAAUCACAUUAAUACGAGUAUGCACAAGAGACAAAUCUUCUUCCAAUGAAAUCGCCAUGUUACACUUAAUAUUCCUUAAUAACCCUGUACUGUCAGUCGUCUCUGCAGGCGAGUGGUCUAAGUGGCUGGUUCAAAAUUUGUAGUGAUCAGACCGAAUGAGUUCAAUUCGAGCAUUCGACAGAAAACUUAAGAGUGUCCGUGCAUAAUGUCAGAUUUCAAGAGAAGUUUCCUUGUGGAACCUAUGAAUAUGCCUCAUUAAUUAAUGAUGAGUUUUUCUUAGCCAAUUCACCAGCAGUACACAGCGAAGCAUAGUGCACAAGUGUAUCGGGAGGUAUCUGAAAAUGAGUUACAAUUGACUAAUAUUUUCCAAUUUUUGUGAUAAUGAACAUUAACACUGAAUAAGCAUAAGACUGACACAUCACUGUAUAUUUUAUAUCAUAAACCGUAGUACACAUAUUUGUUGUAUGUACAUGUAUAUAUGCAAAUUAUUUAUAUCUUGUUAUCUUAGAUAAUCAAACAAAAUGAUGAUAUGUUCAUGAAUUAUAUUGAUUCAAUAAACUAAUAAACUACAACUUUCUGAUUCUUCACUUGGUUUGAAAAACGAACUCUAUAAACGAACACAGCCAAGAAUUAGAUAUGCCGAAAAGAUUUAUUACCUCAUUUUGGUCCUGCACGCCAUUUCCCCCACACUUAUAAACUGCCCUUUUUAACAAGUCUAAUCAUUCAUGGGCCAACAGUUGUUCUAAGAUAGUGUACAAUCAAUUUGGAAUGAUAAGACAAAUUGUCACAAGAACUGAUAAAAUUUCAACAAAAUAGGACUAGAAAUAAGUCGACUGGAUUAAUCUUGAUUAUUGCCAUGCUUUUGGAGGUUUUAUAUUCCAGGUUUGGUAAAGAUUACAAAUGUGGGGUAAUAAAAUGGAUAGCGGAUAGUGAAUGUUUUGGUCAAAGAAUACAACAGCUAUAAUUAUGAGCUAGCAAAACCUGUCCCAAGACAAGUUAUAAACAUUAAUACCAUGUUCAGAUAAGCAAUGCAUAAAAUAAGGAGAAUUUUGUCAACUGUAACACAACAGUUUAUAAAGCAAUCCUUCUGCUUAUUGUUAAAGUAUGAGGCAUUAUGACACAUUCUUACUAUGGUAAGUUUGGUAAAAAUGAGAUAAUACCCCAAGGACGAUGGAAAAUAACGUGGAUGGCACCUGCUUUCCGCAUAAUAUGCCCCAAACUUUUAACAUGAAGUAUUUUAUGCAAUUUUUAAUUGCUGUUAUAAUGACAUUUAUCAUAGACAUUGGCUAGCUCAUGAUAACAGUAACCAACAGCUACCGUGAAUAGUUUUAGGCCUUUUUCAUCAUUCCUGAAAGGCCCAGCUACAUGUAAAUUGAUUCCAUAUUUAACAUCCUCAGACAGUAAAGUUAAAGCUUUCUGGUUGAAAAAACAACUCAUUUACCAAAAUUUUACAAUUAAAUAUGAUUCUCCGGAGGUAAGGAGUCUCAAUAAUGAACUGAGUCAAUUAAUAUAUUUUUUUUUAUUGAAGUCAAUUCAGAAGAGAAACACUUAAUUAUUUUUCUAUUUCUCAAACCUGUAAAAGUUAUAUAAUCUUUAGCAUUGCUCUUUAUAUCCGAU